AGUUCAACUAGGUAUACCAGACAUUGUUCACAACCAUCACCAACCCAUCACCCUCUCUGAACUGGUCGUGAAGCUUGCCAUCCCAAAGACCAAGACUUCUUGUCUGUUUCGCCUCAUGCGCUUAUUGGUGCAGUCUGGCUUCUUUAUUAAGAAGAAGAAGGAUAUGUGCUCACACCUUCUUCUAGGCUUCUCCUUAAGGAUAAUGCCAAGAGUAUGUCACCCAUAUUGCGAGCAGUUCUUGAUCCGAUAAUGGUGACACCUUGGAAUUUCCUUAGUGCAUGGUUCCAGGGUGAUGGUCUCAGUCCAUUCGAGACCGCACAUGGGAGGAACUUAUUUGAAUAUGCAAGCCAAGACAAUGAGCUCAACAAAUUCUUUAACGAAGUAAUGGCAAGCGAAGCUAGAUUGGUGAUGAGUGUGGUUGUUACAGAGUGCAAGGUUGUGUUUGAAGGAUUAAAGUCAUUGAUUGAUGUUGGAGGUGGGACUGGAACUGUGGCUAAGACCAUUGCUGAAACCUUCCCAAGCUUGAAAUGUACAGUGUUUGACCUACCACAUGUGGUUGCUACUUUGGAAGGGAAUGAGAACCUAAAUUAUAUUGCAGGUGACAUGUUUGAGUCCAUCCCUCAUGCAGAUGCAGUUCUGCUCAAGUCGAUUCUGCAUGACUGAAAUGAUGAGCAAUGCAUAAAGAUAUUGAAGGGAUGCAAAGAAGCGAUCUCUAGAGGGGA